AUGGCAACACUGAUAAAUGUCUCGUGUUUAUAUUGAUAGAGUAUAUUUGAGUGUUUCAGUCAGUAUGGGUAAGUUAGCAGUUCUCUCGUUAGCUGUUGUUGCUCUGGCAGUUUUCAUCGGAGAAAGGCUCGUCACUCUGAGACACGUAGCGCUUUCCUACAGAGAACUAACCCAGAAUUACCUUCCCAACUGUCACAUCAUAAAAGGCAUUGAAUGUGGGUCUGAAGAUAUCACCAUAAUUGACGAUGGAUUAGCUUUUCUGAGUACGGGUGUGAAGGCUCCAGGUUUACCAUUCUGUUCAGAUGACCCUGGAAAAAUCUACACACUAAAUCUGUUGGAUUCUGAACCGAAAAUCAAAGCGCUGAGCAUCAAAGGAGACUUUGACCAAGACACUUUUAAUCCACAUGGAAUCAGUGUGUACACAGACGACAAAGAUGGUGCCAUAUACCUAUUUGUUAUUAAUCAUCCUCGAGGAAACAGUCAAGUGGAGAUUUUUGAAUUUGUUAAGGAUGAACAUGCUCUUAAAUACAUCAAGACCAUCAAGCAUGAGCUACUGCACAGUGUGAAUGAUAUAGUGGCUGUGGGGACUGAAAGCUUUUAUGCCACCAAUGAUCAUUACUUCUCUAAUGAGAUUCUGAAGAUAGUGGAGAAUUUCUUGACUUUGCCAUGGUGUGACGUCAUCUAUUACAGUCCUGAGACUGUGCAGGUUGUGGCAGACGGAUUCUUACUUGCCAACGGCAUAAACCUCUCCCUUGAUAAAAGAUAUUUGUAUGUGUCAGAUGUUCUGAAGCACUCAGUUGUUGUCCUGGAAAUAAAGAAAAACACUGUGCUGUCUCGUGUCAAGGAGAUUGAUGUGGGCUCACUUGCUGACAACAUUGAGUUGGACCGUGAGUCUGGAGAUCUGUGGAUUGGUUGCCACCCAAAUGGUUUCAAGUUCAUGCUUGGGGAUCCAAAUGAUCCACCUGGCUCUGAGGUAAUCAAGAUUGAGAACAUCCACUCUGAAAAGCCUCGGGUGACUCAGGUGUAUUCAGAUAACGGCAGUGUGAUCAUUGCUUCAUCUGUGGCAGCUCCAUAUAGAAGAAAAGUGCUCAUUGGAACAGUUUAUCACAAAGUUCUCCUCUGCGACCGAAAAUAGUAGUGGUGUAAUGGAUCACAAAUCUCACGGUUCGGAUCACACUACUGUUUUUGAGUUACAGAUCGGAUCAGCAAAAAAGGGAGAAGACAAAUGUGAAUUGCUUUCAAUUUAUACAAAAAUAUUACUGCAAAAAUCAUUGGUUUCAACAAACAUAACUUAGAACCUGUAAUUUUUAUAAAAAAAUCAAGAAAGAACCAGCUGAAAAAAAUCAAUAUAAAAAUAAUCUUUGCUACUGUUGCUGAAAAAUAUAGAAAUCUAACAUCUUGUACAAAAUAUCAUAUUUAUUUUCAUUAAAUGAUUGAACAAUUCAUGCAUAAAACUUCAUGUGAUAUUGUCAUAAUUCAGUGACAUAAUUUUGAUGGUUGUUUGUCACCCCUAUUGGUUAAACAAUGUAAUUGCUACAACAUUCACCGGCAUCAAGUUCCAUUAAACUGUAAAUUUAAUCUUUA